ACGCCACCUUCGACACCGCCGAAAUCCCGAUCACGCCUCGUUUCGCCUAGAAAACUGCCCCGGAUUCCGAUGACACCGCACCGCCCUAGUUCCGACAUGUUCUGGAGCCAAGACUUCGUCGACGACUGGAACGAUGAGCAUUCGCCUCGGAAGCAGCUGUUUCCGGACGCGGCCGCCUCCCGCAGCAAGAGCCCGACAAAGCAAGGUCCCGAACGGAGACCCGAGAUCGCUACAGCCGUAAAGCGCCAGUCAGACCGCGAGGCAAAAAGGGCCUUCGAAAAGUCGAAGCACGAACUAGCCGAAAAGUUCCUUCAUGAGCUCGACACCGUCAUCACCAAGGGCAAGAUGGCCAAGCUGACGGCUUCCACUGGCGGCGUCCGGCUCGUCUGGAGCAACAAGCUGAAGACUACCGCCGGGCGGGCCCACUGGAAGGGCGAAAGACUCCGCGCCGCGGUGCCUGAGGGCGCCACCCCGACCGACGCGAAUAGCAGCAGCACUACAGACAACAAGCCCAGAUGCAGGCACCACGCCUCGAUCGAGCUCGCCGAGAAGAUCAUCGACGACGAGGACCGGCUGGUGAACGUGAUCGCGCACGAGUUCUGCCACCUGGCCAACUUCAUGAUCAGCGGCGUGACCAGCAACGCGCAGGCGCACGGGCGCGAGUUCAAGGCGUGGGCGGCGCAGGUGUCGCGCGCGUUCGCGGACCGCGGCGUGCGCGUGACGACCAAGCACUCGUACCGCAUCAACUUCAAGUACGUGUGGCGGUGCGCCGCGUGCGGCCUGCUGUACAACCGGCACUCCAAGAGCAUCGACCCGUCGCGGCACCGCUGCGGCGUGUGCCGCGGCGAGCUGGCCCAGAUCAAGCCCGCGCCGGCGAAGAACAAGAAGAAGAAGACGGAGGAAGGGGAGCCGGCGAAGCUGAGCGGGUACCAGGAGUUUGUGAAGGAGCAGAUGCGGCUGUUGAAGGAGGAGAACCCGAGGAGUCCGCAGAAGGAGAUCAUGAAGAUGGCGGCCAGUCGGUGG